CCUGAGGGCUCCUGCCGCCCAGAGAGAGAGAGAGAGAGAGAGAGAGAGAGCCUUGGAGGAGGAGGAGGAGGAGGAGGAGGAGGCCUGGGCCUGUCCCGCCAUGAAGCCCGACGGGAAGGUGGUGCUGCUGGGGGACAUGAACGUGGGCAAGACCUCGCUGCUCCACCGCUAUAUGGAGCGCCGCUUCGCCGAUACCGUCAGCACCGUCGGCGGCGCCUUCUACCUCAAGCAGUGGGGCGCCCACAACCUCUCCGUCUGGGACACCGCAGUGUCUGGUCUUCCUUGGUGGCUGGGACCUGUGACCACUCUGGAUCCAACUCCUGUUCCAGUUCAUGAAAUGGAGGACAUGCAAGAACAACAGAGGACAUUACAAAACAUGUCUUCUCAUAAACGUCAGUGACAUCCCUGAUGCUUUCUCCAGCUAUUGCUCAGAGAUAACAACAAGAUAACACAAUCCUUGUGCUACUCAUCCUUUCAUUUGGGAAGCCCAAGGGUAGCGAGGGGAGGAGAGGGAAUGGGUACCUCUACAUCCAGCUGGUGAUUGGACAUAACAGAAGAGCUGUGCUUCAUGAGGGGUCAACCAGCUCACCCAGUCUCUUUCCACUUUGGGAAGGAUGAAUGAUUGGCAAAGCCAGCUGGACAAAUGAUACCAGGGUGUGUUCACAGACUGUGAUAUAUUGGACUCACAAAAGGCUUGGUGAAGGUGUCUCCAGUUUCCACACCUAAAUACUUUUAAAAGAAUUAAUUUGAACAGUUGUCCUAUACAUCCAUGUACCUGGUAGUACACUUAAUACUGCGCUGUAAGUUCUCCAUGGUCAUUAUUUUUAUUUUCUUUAUAUUCAACAGUAAGCACUUUCUUCCUUGACCUCCCUUAGUAUUUGUUCGAGGUCUGUGAGAUUUUCUGCUAGUAUUAUGGUGUCAUCAGCAUAUCUCAGAUUGUUUAUAUUCCUUCCUUCUAUUUUCACUCCUCUCUCUUCUGUGUCCAAACCUGCUUUUCUUACAAUGUGUUCUGCGUAUAAAUUGAUAGGUAUCACAGGUAGGGUGAUAAGAUGCAGCUUUGUCUGACCCCUUUUCCGGUUGGGAACCAUUCUGUUUGUCUGUAUUCUGUUCUGACAGUAGCCUCUUAUCCUGAGCACAGAUUGCU